GGGCCAAUUUUGUCUCCGCGUGGCGUGUGCGGCGUGUGCCCUCCUCCAUGGGAGCAUGAGAGCGGCGGCUCGCACGAAGCGGCCGCGGCCGCGACAGCCACCGCCGGCAGCGACGGCGCAUCCAGCUACCAGGAUGAUACCGGACAAGGCACAUUCUCCUCUAUCCCUCCCACUGAAAGUCUUCAAGCUCCGCUUGGCCAACGGCCCGCCUAUCGCGCCUACAGCGAAGACCUUCAAGUCCUACGCCGAGACAUGCACUUCCCUCCUCCGCCUCUGCGGCGCCACCACAACCACUAGCAACAACGCGCUCGCUUCCUCCUCGUCAUUCUCCAACAACCUGCCGCUCGCCCUCUCGCUUCACGCGCACGCUGUACGCUCGGGCGUCGCUGCCGACCGCUCCGUGGCUUCGCACCUCCUCACCACCUACGCCGCUUUUGCUCGCGCCACGGAACGCGACCGUGUCUUUGAUGAUUGUGUGGCGAUGGAUGCCGCCUCCUCCUUCACGUAUGACUUCAUGGUGUCACAGUAUGUCAAGGCCGGGGAUUUGGUUUCCGCUCGCAGGCUGUUCGACGGAAUGCCCGAGAGGAGCAUCGUGUCGCACACCACCAUGAUAGAUGCGUUGAUGAAGCGUGGGUGUGUAGAAGACGCUGUUGAGUUGUAUGAUCUGUGCCCGCUCGGAACUGUGGCCUUCUAUACGGCAAUGAUUGCAGGGUUUGUUCGCAAUGAGCUCCACCAUAAUGCUCUUGGCAUCUUUCACAAAAUGCUCAGCUGCAGCGUCAGGCCUAAUGAGAUCACUUUUGUAUGCAUGAUCAAGGCAUGUGUCGGUGCAGGUGAAUUUGGCAUAGCCAUGUCAGUCGUGGGGUUGGCGAUUAAAUUGAACUUCUUUGAGAAGGAGAUCGGGGUCCAAAAUUCUUUGAUCACGUUGUAUCUAAGAAUGAGGGACACAGCUGCAGCCCACAGGGUGUUUGAUGAGAUGAAGGUGAAGGACGUGGUUUCAUGGACUGCAUUGCUUGAUGUGUACGCAGAGAUGGGUGACCUUGACGGAGCUCGGCGGGUUCUUGAUGCAAUGCCUGAGAGAAAUGAGGUCUCCUGGGGUACUUUGAUUGCUAGGCAUGAACAGAAAGGCAAUGCAGCAGAAUCAGUGAAACUUUACAGUCAAAUGCUGGCUGAUGGUUGUCGGCCGAACAUUUCAUGCUUCUCUAGUGUGCUCAGUGGUUGUGCUAGUCUCGAGGACUUUAGACGAGGAACAACGAUCCAUGCCCAUACCUUAAAGAUGGGCUGUAGCAGCAAUGUCUUUGUAUCCAGCUCUCUGAUUGACAUGUACUGCAAAUGCAAGCAAUGCAUAGAUGCGCAAAGGAUUUUCGACACCCUCCCACAAAAGAACAUAGUGUGCUGGAACUCUCUUGUUUCAGGUUAUAGCUACAACGGGAAAAUGGUGGAAGCUGUGGACCUCUUCAAGAAGAUGCCUGCAAGGAAUGCAGCUUCAUGGAAUACGAUUAUCUCUGGUUAUGCGCAAAAUCGACAAUUCGUUGAUGCACUAAAAUCAUUCAAUGCAAUGUUGGCUUCUGGGCAGAUUCCAGGAAAAAUUACCUUGUCAAGUGUUCUUCUUGCUUGUGCAAACUUGUGCUCUUUAGAGAUGUGCAAGAUGGCUCAUGCUAAGGCCAUCAAGCUAGGAAUCGAGGAAUGUGUUGUUAUAGGGACCGCGAUUAGUGACAUGUAUGCCAAGGCAGGGGAUUUAGAGAACUCCAAGAGGAUAUUUUAUCAAAUGCCAGAAAGAAAUGAUGUCACUUGGACAGCCAUGAUUCAAGGACUUGCUGAAAAUGGUUUUGCAGAGGAAUCUAUUUUAUUAUUUGAGGAUAUGUUGGUAAAUAGAAUAGCACCAAAUGAGCAUACUUUUCUAGCUAUUCUAUUUGCUUGUUCCCAUGGUGGUUUGGUGGAGCAAGCCAUACAUUAUUUUGAAACAAUGCAGGCAUGGGGUAUUUCACCUAAAGAGAAGCACUAUACAUGUAUGGUUGAUGUCCUAGCUCGAGCAGGGCGACUGAAAGAGGCAGAAGAUCUUCUGAUGAAAAUCCCAAUCGCAUCAGAAGCAAAUUCAUGGGCUGCUCUUCUGAGUGCUUGCAAUAUUUACAGGAAUGAGGAGAUUGGCGAGAGGGCUGCAAAGAGGCUUCAGGAGUUGGAUAAGGAUAAUACAGCAGGCUAUGUACUACUCUCAAAUAUGUACGCAUCAUGUGGAAGAUGGAAAGAUGCCGCCGAAAUGAGGAUACUGAUGAAAGGGAUUACACUAAAGAAAGAUGGAGGGUGUAGCUGGGUUCAAGUAAGAGGUCAAUAUCAAGGCUUUUUUUCCUGGGAGGCAAAGCAUCCAUUGUCACUGGAGAUCCAUGAGAUCUUGGAUUUACUAUUGUGGGAAUUGAGUGCUUGAAUUCAUGAUGUUAAUAGAUUACCAGUGAGGACAAGCCUUGACUAAAGAACUAUGCAGAUGUUUCUGGAGAAUGAUCUGGAGGGAAUUGAGUUUGGCUUUGGUAAUGAUGGUUGCCAUAAUGCACUAAAUUAUCAAAAGGGGUAUCUUACUUGCUGUCAUCUAGUUGCAAAUUCUAUAGCAUUUAUGUGAUUGCAUUCACCAACAAGAAUAGCAUGCUGGAGUUAUUGCAAAAUAACUGAGUACGCUUGGAAAAUCCGGCUGAUUUAGCUGGUCAUGACAUUACCAAGGAGAAAAGGCUACAUCGAUAAGUUCAGGGUGACUUCUCAACUUGAAAAAUCAGCUCUUAGCAAGUCAGUCAUUGGAAGCUACGGAGUACUUCUUAGCUACUCUGUAUGCAGUUAAAUGCUUCCGAAAAUAUGUCAAAUGAUCUACCUACAUCUAUGCAUGAGAAAGAAAUGCAAAGGUCAUAGGGAGCUCAGGCUAUUGUUUAACAGUGGCGAUAAUUUUGUUUGGAGCUGCCGAGCGGGGUUAACCCACAGUGAUCUUGAAGGUUAAAUUGUAUUGUUUACAUGAUUUCAGUUGCACCUGAUGAUAUUUUCUUAUGUUCCUUUGUGUGCUAUGGUUUCACUGUUUUCAGAUCUCAAAACUGUCAACUGGGCAUAUGCUCUGAGUAUCAGUUGAGUAGUUGAGUUGAUGCAGCGGCAAACGCUGGAUGUGGGUGCUAUUUUAUUUUGCUCUACUAAGUUUAUCUGGUUAACCAAUGGCUCCUAAUGGAUUUUUUUUUUAUCAACGGAGGCUGCCCUCCGGUUUCAUUAAAGGAAACCAUAAUGUCUUUUA